UGAUACCUGAAUGUCAUUACACAUGGCUUCAAGCAACAAAAUGAACCUCGAAACAUGCAGCCUAUACAUUUACAUGACGAGGCGCUUAAAGUUGUUGUUUACUGGCAUGUGCCUUGGAAUUACAGGAUUUUUGGUUGUAUGGAUUUACUUUGGAAGUAAAGAAGUGAAACAACCUCCAACCAGCAUUUUGCUUCAGCACUUUGCCAAACUUUACAACUCCAGAAACUUCUCCACCCCUCCUGCUGAUGUUCAGCUAGAAAUCACUUCAGAAAACCCAGAGUCAAAUUUAAGAUCAUUUUACUCUGGAAUUGGAAUCAGUUCAGAAAGUUACUCCAGUUUACAGCAGGAAAUCUACUGGGCCGAACCGGACAGACCAAUAACAGAUGUGUCUAUGAGUACAAGUGCAGCUCACUCCACUUUCAUCAUUCAGAACCUAAAAGACAGCUACCAAAUAGGAGAGGAGCUUUUUGUUACUAUCCAUGCCAGGGACUUUAACAAUGAAUCUAAACGUUAUGGAGGAGAUUACUUUCAAGCAAAGCUUUUCUCAUCCGAAAACCCCCCAAAGGCCAGUGUGUUUGGGGAGGUGGUGGAUUUGCUCAAUGGCUCUUACUCUGUGCGUUUUCUUCUGCCGUGGGUUGGACAGGCACAGGUGGCUGUGCGUCUGAUCCACUCCAGUGAAGGGGUGCAGGUCCUCAAGCAUCACAGAGACACGGAUUCUGACAGAAUUUACUUUCUUGGAUAUUUUGAAGGUCCAGGACCAGAUGGGAACAGGUAUACAGAAACAGUGAGGUGUAAUGUGAAGUGGGACAGGAAUGGACUGGAGAGGAUGGGGACUGGAGAUUGCUGCUGUGAUUAUAAAGAUCCUCGCAAUGGAGAAGAAUGGCGCUGUGAGAGACCCAAUUCCUUGCCAUGCAGCGCUCACAUCUAUCACUCUAUGGGCGGGUAUUACAAUCGUGUGACAGACAAAGAAGCAAUGUUUAUGAGUGAAACCAACAAAUACAUCAAUGGACAAACAACACCGAUCAAUAUUCUUCCUUCCAAUGAAACAGUGCGAAUUGAUGUAACACAGAAAUGUCGUCCUGGUUUGCACUCACCAGUUCCAGCUGGGUUUUAUCUGGAUGAUGUUUGGGAGUCCUUUGUGUGUAGCACCCGUCAUUUUACUGCCGGAACAAUAGCACAGUGCCUGAAAGACAAACACAUCUACCUGAUGGGAGACUCUUCUUUGAGACAGUGGUUUGACUUCUUGCUGGAAGCAGAACCAACUUUAAAGUGGAUGAACAAUCAUGUUGAAUAUCAGGCAGGGCCUCUUAUAGCAGUGGAUGUGGAGAACAACAUUGACUUACACUGGAGGUCUCACGGUCUUCCUCUACGCUUUGUUAAAACACAAGUGACUAAUAUCCACUACAUCUGUAAUCAGAUUGAUGAUCUGACUGGAGGAUCUCACACUUUUAUUGUAUUUAAUCUGGGGCCACACUUCACAACAUACCCUCUCGAGUACUUCACCCGAAGAGUGAUGAGGGUCCGCAAAGCUGUGCUAGAUAUGUUACAACGGGCACCAGACACUACCUUUAUAAUCAAGACUGUAAACACCGGCUAUAAGGAUGUGUUUGGCAGUGACUGGUAUUCUCUGCAGUUGGACAGAAUCAUACGGUGGGCUUUUAAGGAUGUUAAUGUUUAUAUUUUGGAUGUUUGGCAAAUGACAUCCUGUCACUACAAUGAAGAGGACAUUCAUCCAGGUCCUGUCAUUAUCAAAAAUGAGAUAGACAUUUUGCUUUCUUUCAUUUGCCCUGAAUGAUUUUGUCAGUAGCAAUGAGGAGGUAAAAGCAGCAGUCUUUAACUUUAUUUUAUAUAUAUAUUGAAUGUGUUAAACAUGGUAAUACACUAUAAGUUUUUUUACAAUAUAAGAAAUAGUGGCAGAACAUUAGUACUUGUUUAUUGUCUUAUUGCGCUUCUUUUUAUAAUUCUUUAACCUGUUUAAAUCUUUUGAAAUGGUCUCCUUGUUUGUUGCCAUGGACAUUCAUUGAUUCACCACUUCCUUCUUGUUUGUUGUCAUGGUAAUUUAUUUCCUCUGCUCUGUCAUUGGUUGUCAUCAUGUUUAAAUACUCUGUCUGUUCAUUGCCUGUUGGUCAGUCAUUGGUAAUGUGAAUGUUUUAUGUAUGCUGUCAUGUUCUUGACUGUGUUCCUGCCCAUGUUUUGU